GUUCAAAAGUAACCCUAGAUAUUUUUCCGUAAGGACUCUGCCAAAAACCCUUAAACCCCAAAAAUGGCGAUGCGGACUGCGACGACGGUGGCGGCUGCCGGUCCCCGCGGACUGAGAUCGCUAUUCUCAACCCUUUCUACCAACUUCCCAUUCCCUUCACAAACCGCCAAUCAACCGCAGAGGCCGCAAGCUGAACCUUCUACCAACCUCUUCGUAUCAGGUCUUAGCAAACGUACAACUGAUGAAGGACUUAAAGAAUGCUUUGAAAAGUUUGGUGAAGUUGUUCAUGCUAGAGUGGUCAAAGAUCGUGCUUCAGGUUGGUCAAAGGGGUUUGGUUUUGUACGAUAUUCUAGCCUUGAAGGGGCUGCUGCUGGCAUAGAGGGCAUGGAUGGAAAGUUUUUGGAUGGUUGGGUUAUAUUUGCAGAGUAUGCAAGGCCAAGAGAUUCUCCUCCUCCUCCAUCACCUCCUUCUACCUAUGGAAACAGUCAAUAUGGUCAACGAUGAAACUUUCUUGAAAAUGAUUCUUGGUUUAAAGAUUAUUAAUGAUGAAUACUAAUUUAUCAAACUAUAAAAUAUGAUUUGGUAUGUUCAUGAUGAUUAGUAGUAUGUUAUUCACUUGAGCAAGAAAGUUUUGAAAUUUGUUUAUUUUAGAUAUAUGUAAACGAUUAUAUGUUUUAUUAAAAUAACUUUUGAUCUGCAAAA